GGUGAACAGAGGCACAUUUCGAACAAAGUUAUUUGCCCAAGGAGACACCACAUGCGUUACAUGUGGAUCAGUGUGGGGCAGGACUGAAGUCCACUUUCAAGGGACCACUUUCAAGGCAAAAUUGAAUCCAGAAAAAACUUCAAUCCAGAAUUGUUGCCGAACCAUGUGACCAAUGACCAAAGCAGAGAACAAAAUAAGAUGAGCAUGAAUGCGCCUGAUGUCCCACUGAGUGUAAACAUUUAGUGCCAAUCAAUAAAUUACUGCGGGAAUCCGGUGAGGCCACUGCCUCAGCAGAAUACUGCCAACCCUAGAACUGAUUGGAGAAACAACACAGAAGUAACGGAGCCAUGACCUCUGUUAAUUGUCCGUCACACACGUUUUCACUUCCAAGGAUUGUAGUUCCACUGUCCUUGCAUCUAUGUCAAAAUAAGUCUCUUAGCUUUCCCCAGAGGUUGGGUAUCUGACGCACAUUUUAAGUUUGGUGUGUGGUGAUGUCAAAGGACAAUUUUCAGUUCUAUUCAAGCGUGUGAAUAGCCUGCAGAAGAAAGGAGGAAAAUUUGAGGUGUUGAUGUGUGUUGGAGACUUCUUUGGUUCAAAUCAUGCUGCAUGGGAAGAUUACACUUCAGGAAGAUUGAAAGUUCCAAUAUCAACACUUAUACUUGGCCCAAACAAGAAGGAACAUGUGCAGUAUUAUGAGAGCAAAGAUGGUCAAGAGAUGUGCGAAAAUGUUACCUAUCUUGGGAGCCGAGGUCGUUAUGCGGGUAGUUCCGGACUACAGAUAGCAUAUCUGAGUGGAAUGGAAGCCCAACAACAGACACAAGAUGCCUGGCAGUUCACCAAAGAUGACAUCUUAACCCUCACUGGGCCUGUGGCAUCAGACAAUAACUACAGAGGAAUUGAUGUCCUUCUCACUUCACAGUGGCCUCAAAGCGUACAGAAAUAUGCUACUCCAUCCCAGAUGGAAGCCACAUGUACUUCACUUUUGGUGGGAGAAGUUGCUCGACUUCUGCAACCCAGGUAUCACUUCUCUGGCCUGAAUGGAAUCUUUUAUGAGAGGCAACCAUACAGGAAUCAUCAAAUCUUUGCUGAGAGUGGCAUACAUGUGACCAGAUUUAUUGGACUUGCAGCUGUAGGCAAUUUGAACAAAGAUAAGUUUCUUUAUGCAUUCUCAAUCAAGCCCCUGUCCCACAUUACAACUGAGGAACAAAGUAAACAGCCACUUGAUGCCACAGAAUCACCAUACAAACCACUUUCUACACCAGGAAGCAACCGGGAUGACCUGAGUCAGGGAACACAGUUUUUCUAUGACAUGCAUGGAGGAGACACUGUGAAGGCAGGAAAAAGACACAGUGAAAGUGGUGGUAACGUCAACAAGAAGAGAAAACAAGUGCAACCACCUGGUCCAUGCUGGUUUUGUUUGGGAAGCCCCGAUGUAGAGAAACAUCUGGUGGUCAGUGUUGGAAUGCAGACUUACCUGGCUUUAGCUAAAGGUGGCCUGGUGGAGGACCAUGUGCUCAUUCUACCAAUUGAACAUGUCCAGUCCUAUGUCACAUCUCCAAGUGACGUUCAGCGAGAGAUUAUUUCCUAUAAGACAUGUUUGAAGAAGUACUUCAAGUCCAGAAACAAAGACGUUGUAUUCUAUGAGAGGAACUACAGGACACAACAUCUUCAGAUUCAGGUUGUUCCUGUGCCACAAGAUGUUGCUAUGGAUCUCAAGGAAUGUUUUUUGGAUAUGGCACAAAAUAUUUCCAUUGAGCUUCAUGAGAUACCUACACAUUCUGAUCUUUCCCAGAUUGUCCCAGCUGGAGCACCCUAUUUCUAUGCAGAGCUUCCAUGUGGUGCUAAACUCCUGCACAGGAUAUCAUCAAAGUUCCCUCUGCAGUUUGCAAGGGAAGCUCUAGCCCAGCCCGCAGUGUUGGACCUGCCACACAGAGUGGACUGGAGAAACUGUGCAACUACAGAGGCGGAGGCCACUCUCAUGGCCACCACUUUUAAAGAAGCUUUUCAACAAUAUGACUUUAGUCUGUAGAUGUGGAAAUUAGCUAAUGGAUCCGAUAGUGUAUUCUGUCAACCAUUCAAAUUACUAAAAAUAAUCAAUAUCAUAUAAAUGUAAGUUUCAUGAGAAAACUUAAAGAAUUGAGUCAAGGCACUUGAUCAAGUAAUUAACUAAUGUUAUCAUCCAUUUGCUCAUAAGAGUGGUUAGACUUAUGAAAUAAGUAUGCAAACAGUUUAUGACCUCAAUAGCUUAAGCUUUUCAUAUGAAGUUUAAGAUAGGACUAAACCCGGAAAUAGGAACACUUCAUCUUAAGGUCUCCAGUGGAACAGGCCUGGAUUGACUUUUGUGAAAGGUCAAGGUUACCAGAAUUUUAAAGGCUUUCAUUAGACAUAUAGAUAUAUAAAUGUAUUUGACUAUUGCAUUAUAUAUGAAAACUUUCAUAUGAUGAAAACACAAAGUAUAAUUCAAGAAUCACUUUGUUUGGAUUUAAUAUAACACUUUGAUUACCGCAUCUAUUCUAUAAAACUAAGGGAAAGAGAUAGUAUUAGUGUCAUGAGUUAAAUCACUGGGUUUCCCUCAACAUGAUGUAAUGCAUUUUAUUAUCCAUCGGGUUAGAAAUAACCUAAUUCAUAAUCGUGUGUGCACUAGGGAACAUAUCACUUAACAUUCACCAGUGUAUUGUCUACGUCAUCUGAACGUCAUUGUUAUUAGAAUCUUGUCUUGACAUUGGGUCGGAAUGAUGUCACGCAAGACACGAUGUCAUAGCUGAGGAUUAUUGGCUUAUUUUGACAAUUGUGGUUUUCUAAGAUGGCAGUUGUGAUCAGUGCAUUUUUUACUAAAGGGGAGCUCAAAAGGAUGAAGAAAUAAUGGGUAAUAAACAAAUUGUAUCCUACUGCUUCAUAAAACAUGUGUCAGAAUUUGUGUAUUACACUCGUUCUCGCUCGGGUAGCAGGAUUUCUGACACUCAUUUCGAAAAUCAGUAUGUCACACAUGCUUGUAUAAUAUUAUCUCUACUGAACUAGUAUCAUUCUCUCAGCCCAAUUUCUCCCCCCCCCCCCUCAACCACCACCAAAUUACAAAGUAUUCCCUCUCACAACCCUUCACUACAGCUUUGUAUAUUGCAGAUGGUCAUCCUCCAACUCUUGCCUGCCCCCUAAUCCCUUACCAUAGUGUAUGCCUUACCCACCCUUGGCUGUGGCUUUGCUACUGCAAAAUGGUUAAGUUGUGAUCAGAAAACCAUGAGUACAGUUCAUCCAGACUAGUCAGUGCAACCGCCAACUGGGCUGAUAUAUCAAGCCUCAACACAUCUGUCAUCAAUAAAAGAAUCAGCAUCUCA